UUCAUUUGCUACAUUUACCAUCUCAUCCUUCUUGCGGCAUGGCGGCGCCCGCAAGAGGCAGCGAGGAGCGAUCAACAGCCGGCCAGGACAAUGAAUAUUUACAGUACAGUGUUGUUUUGGAGCACCUUAUCGGGAGCAAGAGGCAAAUUAAAGAGCUGAACCCGAGCGUGAUGGGGGGCUUACCGAGUCCCCAGAAAACGGAGGAGCAGAAGCUGAUCGAGCGCGGAAUGGAGAGCUGCGCCUUUAAAGCAGCGCUGGCCUGCAUAGGAGGUUUUGUCUUGGGAGGUGCUUUUGGAGUCUUCACAGCAGGGAUUGACACCAAUGUUGGGUUUGAUCCCAAAGACCCACUAAAGACUCCCACAGCAAGAGAGGUUUUGAGAGACAUGGGCCAGAGAGGAAUGUCUUAUGCCAAAAAUUUUGCCAUUGUUGGUGCUAUGUUCUCAUGUACAGAGUGCAUCAUAGAAUCACACCGUGGUAAAUCUGACUGGAAAAAUGCAGUAUACAGUGGCUGUAUCACUGGAGGUGCGAUUGGAUUUAGAGCUGGCUUGAAGGCUGGAAUUCUGGGCUGUGGAGGGUUUGCUGCUUUUUCUGCUGCCAUCGAAUACUACCUGCGAUGAACGUCAGCCUCGCGACUUCCCGAGUCAGAUGGGUUACCAGUCCUUUGGGAUGCACAACAGUCAAGAAUGGACACUGAAUAUGAGACUUUCUAUUUUGGCAGGCUUUACUUGCUUGUCAAAUGAUUUGGACUUAUUCUCAGGAAGAACUUAUUUUCCAAUCCAGUUUCUGUGGGGGACCAGUUGGACAAGUGUAUAAUGUGUUUGUUGGCGAAAGGGUCAGUACAGGCUGUUCUUUGCUGAAGUAAAUGUGAAACACAAGUCAUGUAAUAACUUGCAUCAUGCAAGCAAGUAAAGUAAUUAAAAGUAUUUUUCAUUAAUAUAAGAGCUGUCUUGCAAAGGUAUGAGGCAUCAUUAUGAUUUAUCCUGUCAAUGUAUGUAUCAUGUUGAGAGGAAAAUGAUUGCAACUAUUAGUAAAGGAUUGUCUUUUGGUCCUCAUAUAGAAUCCUACAGAUUAUAAAUAAAAUAUUAAAAAGUCUUUGGGGGGCUAGUUAUAUAAAUGUAGAUCAGUAAGCCGUAACUCUAUUGAUUUAAAUGUGUUUUGUCCUGCAGUGGUAAUAAUGACAGUAAAGAAAUAAUAGCAAUUUGGGUUAUACAAAGUACUGUUGUUCCUGUGGUCAUGUCCAAAAGUUUUGUAGACACUUGCUCAUCCAGUGUUUCUUCCAAAAUCAAGGGCAAUAA